UUGAUAACAUUCUUAACCUACAGCUUUGACCUUUCACUAUUAUCUAUUUAUCCACAAUUUUAAACAACAAUUAUCAAUUAGUUGUUUAAUUGUGAAACGAUGUUCGUGACGAGGCUCACAAGGACUGCAUUCACUGCAGGUAAAGAACACUUAAUAAUAGUUCCCAAAUUCAUUCAGAAAUAUUCCACAAAUAUGGAGUCUAAAGUUGUAAUAAAGGGACAGACCAUCAAUUAUUUAAAAACGGGAAAUGGAAAGCAUCCACUGCUAUGUAUGCCAGGCGCACUGGGUACAAUCUGGAGCGAUUUUAAGCCACAAAUUGAGAGUUUGGAUAAGGAGAAGUAUACAAUUAUAGCAUGGGAUCCACCGGGUUAUGGAGCUUCUAGACCGCCAAACAAGAAGUUCUCCACCGAAUUUUACGAAGACGAUGCAGAUUUCGCGCUGAACCUUAUGAAAAGUUUAGAGAUUCCGGAAUUUUCCAUUCUCGGUUGGAGCGAUGGCGGAAUAACCGGUAUUAUUCUCGCUGCGAAAUAUCCAGCUGUAGUUAGGAAGUUAGCGAUUUGGGGCGCCAACGCUUACGUUUUACCAGAGGAAUUGAAAUCUUAUGAAAAGCUGAAGGAUAUCUCAAAAUGGUCUGAUCGUAUGAAGGCUCCACUGGUUGCUAUGUAUGGGGAGGAUGGUUUGAAGCAGAUGUGGAGUGACUGGUGUGAUGCUCUGAUUGCAAUUGGUAAAAGGGAUGCUGAUAUUUGCAAGAAAAUGCUCCCCAAAAUUAAGUGUCCUACUUACAUUCUUCAUGGUGAUAAAGAUCCUAUGGUUGCUGAUGAACAUCCUACAUACUUAUUAGAAAAUAUCAAAGGUUCAAAAUUGUAUAGGUUCCCUGAAGGAAAACAUAACAUCCAUUUGAGGUAUGCCAAGGAAUUUAAUGAAUUGGUUACCAAAUUUCUUGAUGAAUAAUGAAUAUAAAUAAUUCAAUUGAUACAGAUUUAUAUGCAAUACAAUGUUAAAAAUCUUGUUUAUAUUUUAUUAAAAAUGGUUUUAUCUACUUUAAUUUAAAAUUUCUUAUCAUUUACCAAUUGGUCAAAAUUAAGAAUGUGAAAGGUUCAAUACAAUAUACAUAACGGACUGAAAGACAUCUAAAAAAAUAUUCAUUUUUCAAAUUGUACUAAAAGUAUAGAUGAAUAAAACAAAGUGUGU